GAAUAUCGCCGAAAUAUUUGUUCAGUUUUUAUUGGAGGGGAGAAUCAUCAGCGUUCCUUAUUAUUUUAAUAAGUUAUAGUAUCGGUAGCAGAGUGAAACGUUUCAAAUUAAAAUUGUUGUAACUUUUGGAACAGUGUAGAAUAAAAUAGUGUACAUUCCGAGAAUGGGCUAUACAAGGUUAACAGUGUUGAAACGUUAUCAGUGUUAUGAGUGAAAUAUUUUGAAGGAAACUUAAAUGAAUUCAACAGGUUGAUAAGGUGUUGAAGUUUUGAGGUUAUGUUGAGUGAAACGUGUUUUAACAUAGGUACAAUUAUUGGUCUAAAAAUAGUGUCAUAAAGGAAAAUGAAGUGAAUAAGGAAGUGAUAGGCGAAAGAAAAAAUUGAUAAAAUAAAAAUAGGAGACACAAAAAAUGGAAUCAUCUAGAAGACGAAGUAAAUGUUUUCAACGGAGGAAAUAUUCAAAUUUGAAAAAUUUAACGAAACGAAUGUCUCUACCAGCCGACUUUAAAAACGAAAUCUACAUUGACCAAAACCCCAAGAUAUCUAUGCUAGAGGAACAGGAAUCUCAAAUAGAACUCCUAGAGCAUAAACUAGAAAAGGUGCUAAAAGUAUGCGGCCAAACGGUGGACUCAGGAAAGACGUACGUUGGAAACCAAAGCCUGUUCGCGAACGCUCUCUGGGAUCUGAGCGUGUGUUUCCGACAUCAGCCUGACACCAUGUCGCGACUCAACAAACUCAUUCAGGCCCUCCAAGAGAUGAACAAAUUCCACACCAUGCUGCUCGACCAGGCAUCCAGAACUAUACUCAAGAAUCUCACUGUCUUCGUCAAAGAAAACAUAAAGGGUGUGAAAGAAUCGCGUCACCACUUCGACAAGAUCUCGGCCGAGUUAGACCUGGCAUUGGGUCGCAAUGCGCAAGCGCAGAAGACUCGCACCUCGGAAAUAGAGGAAAGCCAGCAUUUACUGGCCGCCACUAGGAAGUGUUUCCGCCACACGGCACUCGAACACGCCCAGUGUGUCACCGUCCUACAGGCCCGCAAAAAGCAUGAGAUACUAGGCACGCUACUGUCCUAUAUGCACGCCUGUAAUACCUAUUUCCAUCAAGGUUACGAUCUCUGUGAAAGUCUGCAACCGUUCUUCCGCCAGUUAGAUGAUGAGGUAACAGACAUGCGUCAGGACUGUUUGAAACUGGAGAAAUCUCUCAACAACCGUCACUCACUGGUCACAGACGACACCGACCUUCUCCCUAUGGGCGGUAAGGGGGGACCCAAGGGUGCGCCCCGUCUACAGGGCUAUCUGUACAAACGAUCGUCAAACGCCUUCAAGACCUGGAAUAGACGCUGGUUUAGUUUAAACGACACUCAACUGGUGUAUCGCAAACGGACUGGGGAAGAAAGCGUGACAGUAAUGGAGGAAGACCUGAGAAUUUGCACCGUGAAGCCCGCCCAUGACGCCGAGAGGCGGUUCUGCUUUGAAGUACUAUCGCCCACCAAAAGCCAUAUGUUACAAGCCGACUCGGAAGAGAUCUACCAAGCAUGGGUUACCGCUCUACAGCGAGGCAUAGGAGCUGCCAUACAGCAAACGCCUUGUACGGCUGAAGAAAGGCGGGGAAGGAGAGAUGAAGGACGGGAAGAGGAGGAGGAAGAAGAAGAGGAAGAGUGUGGAGGAGGAGAAGGAGGUGUGGGAGGAGGAGAUCGGAAGGAGAGUGUAGGAGAAGUGACGAAGAUGGAUAAUAGGAAUACUACAGGAUCUAACCAAGAUGGAGAUAGGAAGGUUGCUAAGAGGCCAUUAGCUCUAUUACUGAAAAUCCCAGGAAACAAUAGCUGUUGUGAUUGUGGGGCGAGCGAUCCAAAGUGGGCCAGCAUCAAUCUGGGUAUCACACUCUGCAUAAAAUGUUCGGCCAUCCACCGCAGUCUAGGCGUGCACUAUAGCAAGGUGAGGUCGUUGACCUUAGACAAAUGGGAACCGGAAGUGCUGAAAGUAAUGGCGGAACUCGGCAAUCAGAUUGUCAACAAUAUCUAUGAGGCCAACGUUGAGACGACAACCUUAACCAGGAUCAACGCUGAGUCUAGUCACGAGCAACGCCUGGCCUACAUCACGGCCAAAUGGAAAGAGCGGCGCUUCGUGAUGAACUCGAAUUCGCUGACAGUGGUGGGGGUGGGGGGAGAGAGAGAGAGGGUGGCCAGACCUGUGCGCAAGUGGAGUGUGCGCCGAUUCAGGAGAGGCAGGACUCAGAGCCGGGACAAGGAGGCCCGGAGGAGAGCUAUCACUUGUCAGACCGAAAAGAAAGACACGGAAAAAACUCCAAACAAACUUUCUCCUACAACAGCCAGUGAAGUGAAUCGAAGCAGAGAAGAAGGAGAAGGAAAGGAGAGAGGAGAAGGAGAAGAAGGUGCUAAGAAGAACGAAGGAGGAGGAGGAGGAGGAGAAGGAGAAGAGGAGGAGACCAGUCUGCUGUUGAUCGGCGAUAAUUUGACCCAGGAGAGAAGCGGAAGUUUACUGCAGUUAAGCAGUGAAGAUGAUUCGACUGGCGGGGAAGAGGAAGAUGAUGUUGGUUUCGAAGACAUCUCCCGUCUAGUGCCCGAGCGUCUACUCUACAAGGCAUCCACAGCCCACAAUGUGCCAGUCAUGUGUCAGGCCAUAGCCAUGGCGGCCGACAAACUGUGGACCAACCCAGACGACAGACAUCGUUCAUAUCUGCAUCAGGGCCUCACUAGUGGAUCCGUAAUGGCUUGUGAAUAUCUUCUACUAAAUGGAGUCAAAAUAGAUGUUCAAGAUAAUGAUGGAAAGACUCCUCUGCAUUUAGCUACUGAAUUAGGUCAUACAGCCCAGGUGUGCCUCCUACUUAAACAUAGAGCUAACCAGCAUAUCAAAGACAACUCCAAUACUGAUCCUCUAUCAGUGGCUAUUAAUCAAGCCAACGCUGAUAUUGUCACAUUAUUACGCCUUGCCAGACUUAACGACGAGAUGAAAGACUCAGAAAACGGACCGGGAGGAGACGAAACUUUCAACGAUGUAGUCAGAGAUUUCUCACAGAUCGCUUGCAACCAGCCACAAAAACUACUCAACAGAUCCUCCCCGAAAUUCAGUAGCGGAGGCGAAUGAUACAACACUUCCGUCCGCCUCGAUACAGUAUCAACGGGCGUGUUGCGUUGCUUGCAACGGAUCGGUUCGCUGCGUAGGUGUUUGUCGCCGACACGGUUUUUGCAGGGAAGACGUGCGAUUGAGGAUUCAAAGAGGAAGCUCAGGGAAGAUACACCUCGGUGAUACCAUAGAGGAAAGAUAGGUCUCUCAUGCAAGUAUAGGUAUUUUAUGUUCCGAAUUUCCUCUCCGAUUACAGCCGACUACUGUCUAUUAUUAGUGUGUUGUUGGGAGUGUAAGGCUCAACUCACACUUAGGCGACUCAGGUCAAGAAGAGACUGGACUCUAGUGGAGAGCAUGUGUUUCCAAAUGGUGACACUCAGACCAGUCGACUCUAGUCUCAGCGACCUCACCAUUUGGAAAUACAUGCUCACGACUAGAGUCGAGUCUCUUCUCGACCUGAGUCGCCUAAGUGUGAGUUGAGCCUAAGAGUGUAAGAAGGGCACAGUAUGAGUGACUACC